CAUGUGUAAGCUGUUGAUGCUUAGUGGGUUGCUGUCAAAAUCUUCAUUUUUUCGUCAACAUGAUAUGGUCAAUGGUUGAACAAUCCUACAGGAACAACCCUUCUUUACACGUCUUAUCUAAUGUGAACAAGGUCCAAGAGCAAAAGAAUCAAAAGGGUACCAUUUUCUUUUUUGUUUAAUUGCAAAAUGACUCAAUUAUUGAUUAAGAUAGGUAGCUGCUGCUAUAAAAUGGGUCCUUCUCUUUAAUGUGUGUGCCGGCUGCUCAAGAUAUCUGUUUAGUUCUGCAGUAUAUGAUCACAUUUCUUCUUCUCUUUGUUGCGCAUGUCUUGUGCUGUCUCUGAGCUCAACUCUACUUUUAUGAUGUCAAGAAACUGUGCAACAGUUUUGGAGAUUCCAAUUGUAAGCAAUUGUAAAGAUAAGGUACACCAUUCUUUGUGCUUAGAGCUUCAAAGACUCAUCGAUAGAAUUUCACUUAUAAUUUUAGAUAUUGAAUCUGCAAGACCAAAUUGCAAGUUAGCGAUGGAGGCAUUGUGCUCAUUAAAUCUCACUUUGGCUAGAGCCAAAUCAGUUAUCAAAGAUUGUUCAAAAUGCAGUAAACUUUACCUGGCAAUCACAUCCCGCAGGAUACUUUCAAAAUGUCAAAAACUAAGAAACGCUUUUGAGCUGUACUUGACAGAGAUUCAAGGUGCAGUUACAAUACCCUUGGCUGAUAAGAUAUCUGCAAUACUACAUGACCUUAGGAGUGCAAAAUUUUCCCUGGAAUUUACAGAAGAAGAGGCUAGGAAGGUACUACUUUCACUGUUUGAGAAGAAUUUCUCAGAUAAAGCUUCUAUGGAAAAGGAAGAACUUGAAGCUAUACAGAUUGCAACUUCUAGAUUGGAGAUCAAAUCUGCAUUAUCAAUCUUAGUAGAGAAAGCAACUAUUAAGAAUCAACUUGAUGAAGUGAAUGAAACAAACCCAAAGGAGAAGGAGCUUCUAGAAUACCUUUUGUAUCUCUUGAUCAAAAAUAGGAAAUCUAUUUGUCAGUUUGAAGAUGGAGACCACUCACCAACACAUGAUUUUCAUGAUCAAUCCUUUGAGCAUGAGUUGGUUGUUGAAGAAGCAUUAUGUGAGAAAAAAGUCAAUGAUGAAGUUGGAGAUUUAUGAUCAUUUGAUUCUUCAGGUUGUCUUACUUGUGCUUUGUCCCAGAGUAGCAGAGUGGAAUAAGUUUUAGGAAUUCAGUUUUUGUUUUUAUGUAAUUAUCUAAUCUCAGAAACAAUGACCCCUAUCAGAAAUUAGGGGUCGGAACAUUUUGGAAUUUGUGAUCAGAACAUUUAUUACAUUUUCUAUAUUCCUUUA